AUGGGCUCUGAACCUGCUGCCGCAUCAGCAUUACCUCGAGGAAGCCCUUCUGUCAAACCUGGGAACUCGAGCUCGGGCAGUUCCUUCGUCUCUCCAAAACAGCAGACUGAGAAGGGGUACCUGGAGAUGCUGGGUGUCAGCACAGCUGUGGCCAUAAAGAAAAUAAAUCUUCAAGGACUGCAGAGGAAGCAACUAACAGUUAAUGAAAUCAUGAUCAUGAAGAGGAAUAGGAGUCCCAGUGUUGUGAAUUAUUUAGACAGCUAUCUUCUGGGUGAGGAACUCUGGCUGGUUUUAGAGUACAUGGACGGAGGCGCCCUGAGUGAUGUCAUCAGUGAGACCUUCCUGUCUGAAGAGCAGAUGGCAGCCAUCAGUCGGGAGUGCCUGCGAGGACUGGAUUUUCUUCACUCGAACCACAUCAUCCACCGAGAUGUGAAGAGCGACAACAUCCUUCUCAGAACAGACGGCUCUGUCAAGCUAGCUGAUUUUGGCCUCUCUACUCAGCUCACCCCUGAGCAGAAUAGACGGUGCACGUUAGCCGGGACUCCUUGGUGGAUGGCGCCUGAAGUGGUGACAGGUCAACCAUAUGGCCCCAAAGUGGACAUAUGGUCUUUUGGAAUUGUGGGAAUUGAAAUGGUAGAACGAGAACCUCCUUACUGCAACCAAAGUCCUGCCUCGGCUCAACGCCUUAUAGCCACAGUAGGGACCCCAAAGCUGCGACAUCCCAAGCUCCUCUCAGCUUUGCUGCGUGACUUCCUGAGCUGCUGCCUUCAGAAAGACGAGGAGGAGCGCUGGUCUGCCAUGGAGCUCCUGCAGAACAUCAAGGCAGAGCCACAAGCAGAGCUGCCCGAAGCUCAGAGUGACAUCAUGGCAUUGAAGAGAAAGAACAAGGAUGACAUGAGAAGAGUUCAAGAGGAGAAUCUCAAUCAGCAGAGGGGCGAUCAACAGAACCAGGCAGAGCUGCAGGAUUCGGAGGCUAGCAACAAGGUAAGGGAGAAGAGGCUGGAGGAAGAAAUUAAAAUCAUCAGAGAUAAAGCUAAUCGCCUCUCUCAGUCUCUACAAAAGCAAUCGGUGACUCCUGGCUGA